UGAUUGCUCUCGAAGCCUCCUCGUCUUUUGUUCCUGUCUUUAUGUAAGUACUCUAUGAAUUAAACAACCUAACCUUUGUGUCCUGCCCAGUCAGACCGACCACCCCGCUUGCCGAUCUUUCACCCUCUCUAGCAUUUCGUUCGGGCUUGAUAGUCACUCUUUUCCAGUAACCGCAUCCGGCCACUGAGUACCAGAUAUACUAAACAUGCAGGGUUGCAGACCGAAUCUCAUUGACAGCCAAGAUGCGGAGAAACAGCCACUUCUCGGGACCUCCGAACGCCCGGUCGCGUGCACGCAAUCGGCUUCAUACAACGACAAUUUCGGAAACCGGUCAAGAAUGUUUCAUAUUCUACGAUUCACUCUGUCAACCUCGCUAGUCUUGAUUGUACUGGUUAUACACUUGCCCAACGUACUCACAUCGCCUCUUACCUCUGCUACGCAUCAAAUGGGCCAUGACAAUGCAUUGGAGGUCGGCAAGCGUGGCGCCGUAGCCAGCGAAAGUGCAAUAUGCAGUCGCCACGGAACGAAUAUCCUGUUGAAAGGCGGAAAUGCGGCUGAUGCUAUGGUCGCAACUAUGCUCUGCGUAGGGGUUGUGGGCAUGUAUCACAGCGGCAUAGGAGGAGGUGGCUUCAUUCUAGUGAAAGACUCCAACGACGCGUUCGAAUUUAUAGAUUUCCGCGAAACUGCUCCGGCAGCUGCUUAUGAGGAAAUGUUUGUCAAUAACACAGAAGCCGCAGUUCGUGGGGGUCUUGCAAGUGGUGUUCCAGGCGAGCUUCGUGGUCUUGAAUAUCUUCAUCAGAGAUAUGGAUCACUCCCUUGGUCGACUGUGCUCCAACCAGCAAUUGAAACUGCGCGUGAGGGCUUUCCCGUGGGUCCGGAUCUUGUACACUACAUGGCUGCCUCGAUAGCCGACACCGAUGACGACUUCCUGACUCGGGAUCCUGUAUGGGCAAUUGACUUUGCUCCCAACGGGACUAGACUUGGCCUAGGCGAUACCAUGACACGAAAACGGUAUGCGAGCACUCUCGAGACGAUAGCAGAGAAAGGAUCCGAUGCCUUUUACUCUGGACCUCUUGCAGAGAAAUUGGUCAAUGCAGUGCAAGCAGCGAAUGGCACAAUGACUCUUGAAGAUCUUCACAAUUACACCGUCGCAAUCCGCAAUACUUCGCAAAUCGAUUAUCGUGGAUAUCAGAUUACCAGCACCACUGCACCAUCUAGUGGCACAGUCGCCCUGAACAUACUCAAAGUUUUGAAUACGUAUGACAGCUUUCUCGGCCCAGGCAAUGUGCAUUUGAGUACUCACCGGCUUGAUGAAGCUAUUCGAUUCGGAUACGGAUUGCGAACGAACAUGGGAGACCCUUAUUUCGUAGACGAUAUGGAUGAAUAUCAGGAAAACAUGCUUGACCAAGCCACUAUCAAUGAGAUCCGAGCAAAAAUUUCCGAUUCUAAGACACAAGACAUCUCUGCCUACGAUCCUCGGGGAUUCGAGAGUUUGGAUACCCCCGGUACCUCGCAUAUUGCUACAAUCGAUCACGAAGGUCUUACUGUCUCUGCAAUUACAACGAUCAAUCUGCUCUUUGGAAGUAAGGUCAUGGUGCCUGAGACAGGUGUCAUCAUGAAUAAUGAGAUGGACGACUUCUCCAUCCCCGGCUCGUCUAAUUCGUUCGGAUAUAUUCCUUCUGAGGCAAACUUCAUCCGUCCUGGAAAGCGUCCGCUAUCGUCUAGCACUCCGGCCAUUGUAACUCACCCCAACGGCACAGUCUUCUUUGUGGCUGGUUCGGCGGGCGGCAGUCGAAUCAUCACCGCGACAAUCCAGAACAUCAUCCACGCUGUCGAUAAGGGUCUCUCGGCGGCUGAAGCUUUGGCUCAGCCUCGUCUGCAUGACCAGCUGAUCCCUAACCAGGUCACGUUUGAGUAUAGCUAUGAUAACGAGACCGUGGCCUUCAUGGAGGCGCGCGGGCAUAACGUGACAUGGGUGGCACCAGGUCAGAGCACAGCCCAGGCAAUCCGUGUACUUCCGAAUGGAACGUUUGAUGCUGCUGGCGAACCUAGGCAGCUGGACUCGGGAGGAUUUGCAGUGUGAACGGGUCACUCGUCGCCCAUGCGGCCCGUAGCCCGGGACUGGCCGCCACAUUGGCAUAUCGUCCUGCCUACGCGCCUUGACACUUUAGAUGCCAGAAAUGUCAAAUAAUUGUGAAUAUUUGUU